AUGUCUACAACACAGCAGUAUUCCAUCUCAAAUCCCUGGCGAGAUCGUAUUCUCGCCGGACAAGUCUGCUCGGUCAUGAGCGUGAAAUAUGCUUUUGGUAACGAGAUCGCCAUGAUGGCUAGAGUGGCUGGUGUCGAUGGGAUGUUCAUCGACAUGGAACACACUUCCUUCACGACACGCGAGAUAUCACAGCUUGUGCUGGCAUGCAACUACGUGGGUGUGAGCCCCAUUGUCCGCAUCCCUGGCAAGGCACACUGGCAUUUGAGCAGGAUAUUAGACGCUGGGGCGGCAGCUGUUGUCAUCCCUCACUGCGAGACGGUAGAGCAAGUCAGAGAAAUCGUGUUAGACGCCAAAUAUGCUCCACUGGGUCGUCGAGGAUGCACGAACAACCAGCCGAUCCUGUCGUUCCAGACCGUCCCCACAACCGUUCAGAAUGACCUACUGAACCGAGAAACCAUGGUUAUCCCCAUGAUUGAGACACCAGGUGCUGUUGAAUUGGCCGAUGAUUUCCUGGCGAUAGACGGCGUCGAUGGAAUUCUCAUAGGCUCAAACGAUCUGUGCACAGAUUUGGGUAUAGCAGGGCAAUACGACAAUCCUCUCUACCAAGACUCGGUUACUAGAGUUGUGCGAGCCGGUGUACGUGCGGGAAAACCUAUUGGUAUCGGUGGUAUCGGUGGGCGCUUGGAUCUUUUGGAAAAAUGGUUUGCCAUGGGAGCCACGUGGUCCCUGAGUGGUGCAGAUGGGUCCAUGUUGCAGGCAGGUAUGCAGAAGUUAGGGAAAUCGUAUGCAGAGAUCAACGCACGAGUUCAGACACAGCGCUCGUUUCCCAAGAAAGCUAUAAAUGGUUUGAAUGGAGACCAUGUGCCAAGCAGGAAUGGCGUAAAAAGCUGCAAUGGACCUGUGGAUGUGAAUGGACACCAUCAGCCGGAGCGGUUCGUGGUCAAUGGCGUCUGA